UUUGAGCUGUCUCAGUGCGAUGGCUGCACUCGAGAACCGACGGUCGUUUUCAGUAGCUCUGUCGCGUGUGUUCGUUUAGGCUCAGUGGAAUAGCGCCCCAAAAGGGCUCCAAGUGAACCAUUCGACAUUGGAUGAUGCUUAUAGAUCUGCAAGUGGAGGCAGUGUGAUUGGCCAGAAGAUUUCUUCUCUUGUCAUCAUGGCGUUGGAAAAAUGGAAUUUGAUAAAAGCAAUAUGAAUGAAGUGUCUGCUGUACAGAUAUUUAUUAUUGUGAUAACAGUACUAUUUGCUGUGGGAAUCAUUACAUGCGUCCUUAGUCAUUACAAGAUGGGAGCAAGGUCUUGGAGUGAUCAGCGUAACAGACAGCAACCAUCAGCCAGGCAACAACCUUGUCCGCAGCAACCACAGUAUACAUACUCAUUAACACCAACUACAGCAUCGAUGAUGUACACUCCUGCAACUGUUCAGGAAAGGCAAAGACUUGAAGCUGGAGCUCACCAGGAUCACCUGGUCAGACUCCAUUCCGUUCAGACUGAUUUGGCAUUGAACCUUCCCCAUUCCAUCACUUUACCUGAUGGUGAAGAAGGCCCAAGGUGUGACACCAAACUACUGAAAUUGCAAGAUCCUGAGCAGCAUGCAGAGAUAACACGUAGCUUCAUCAGACCACCUCCAAAUCGAACUGUUCCAGAUGGCAAUUCUCUCCCGCCUUUCCGAUCGAAUUCUGUAGGCCUUCUUCAGAAACCUACUACACCACCAUUGACUGCAACAGACACUUCUGUUCUAGUCACGCGAUCCCACAGCGUGAGCUCGAGUAAUGCUCAUGGUGGUUACUCCCGAGGACCUCCUAUUUCAAAUCCUAGUGUAACUUCUCAUAUUUGGUUGCCAUCAGUUGCUAUGAACUCUCGUAUGUCUGGCACUUCGAACAGGACGUAUGGCUGUACUCAAGUUGUGACAGAUAAUAAAUAUGAUAGCACUGACCCACCUCCUCCUUAUAGUGAUGUAGUUAAUCAAUGGGACGUAAAUACAGUAAGUAGGCAACAAAAUAGUGGUGUCUGAUGGUAAGAGACUCAAGUCUUUCAUAUGCCCAUAGUUGUGAUAAUCUACCCGUAUCCAUUAGAGAUCGGGGAAGAUCAUCGACAGCGUAAUCGCUCUUCCUGUGUCCUGCAAAGAUUAGCAAGGCUUCUACGCAGCCUUUGUUUCAUCAUGUGUCGAAAGGCCUAAUGUUCACAGUGCCUCAGAGUUGUGCAUUUGUUUCUUUAUUUGCCUGUUCUCAUUGAUUUUGAGUUGUUAACCAUCUUUGGUCCAGCCAAACUGGUUACCAAGAUUUAUUCAUGUAUAAGUUAAAGUCAUUUUAUCCUCCUGUAUCAUUUCUACUGCCUUGUGCACCUGAUAGUUUUUUGUUUUAUAAAAAUGGCGCCCAGAGGCGUACUGUGAUACAUCAAUGAAUAUUAUGAACGGGCAGUCAUAAAAUGUGCAUGUUCAUUCCCAGUAUGUGCGUAUGAAUGAGAUUGAAAGUGUGGUUUUUGAAUGCUGUUGCAAUCUUAGGAGAUAAAUGUUCUAAUAAACAGUACCAGAGACACAAACCUUUUAAAUAUAGUCUAUGGUGCUAUACAUAUGAAAUAUAUAUAAAUUGUUGCUAAUCAGAAAUUAUAAAUUAUAUGUAAAAUUGUGGUUUGUAUCACUCCUUUGAUUAAUUGUGUGUAAAUGCGUCCCAAGUUAGACCAAAGAUUAAAUGCUUGUUUUUUGAAAUUUAUUGAAGAAUAAAAAUCAUCCAUUUAUUUAGAUUCCUCUGAGUAAAGGCUUUUGUGUGUGUAUAUAUAUAUAUCUUAAAUUAAAAGAUCGUGAUUUUAUUCAUAAAAAAUAACAUUAAAAUGAACCAUUUUAUCUAAUCAUUUUUCUCUAUAUUAUAAUGUGCUCAUAUUGUUAAAAUAAGAUACUUGUUUUUUAUAUUGAAUUGUUAUAUUCAAUUUUUACACGACUAAAUUUUAGUAUCUUGUUUCAACUUUCUUUCUUUUUCUUUUUUUUAAGACAGGUAAUUGUUGAUGACUAUAUAUUUAAAUCUGGGACUAUACUCAAUUUAUGUAAGUUAUUUCUAUGGUGCUAUAGACUGUGAAGAAAAUUGAUUAGUAAAGCUGAGGCUAUUUAUUAACAAACUGUUUCGCUAUUUUGUGCAAUUAAAAAUAUAUUCUCUGUGCACGUACUGUUUAUUUAUGAUGUUAAGUAAAAUACGAUGGAGAGACUCAGUGCCCAUUGCAUUUUUGUUUAAUGUGCUUAUUUCUUUCCUUUGACUGCUUUGAUAUUUUAUGAAUGACUUAGAAGUAUUUUAGUUUUGUGACAAAAUUAAUUUUAUUUAUGACUCGCACAAAAAUCAAUUGACAAAGGGAAAAAAUUUCCACUAUAUCUGUUGACCGUUAUUUGAUUGUUUUUUGCAUUUGUUGUAUUCUAAUGCACUUUUAUGUUCCUCAUGUGAAAAUUCUCCCAUUAUAUUAUAUUUCUCAUACAAAUCGACUGUAUUUGUUAAGUUCUUGUAGAAUGUUUAAUAAGUAAUUUUCAUUAGCACUGCUCUAACUUAUUGUUUGCACAUUUUGAUGAUUCAUUGCUUAUAAUGAAUUAUGAAACCCUAGGGAAUGGUUUACUUUCGUCUUAUAAAAAGCAUUGAAUCCUUUGCCAGUCAUAAAUCUGAGAAAAAAAUUAAAUUAAAUUUUAAAAAAAAUUAUAAGGAAAAAAAAGUGUUUCUAUUCACCUAAACUAUAUGAUGUUAUUCAUGAAUUAAUUUGUUUGUAAAUGAUUAAUGAUUUUAUAAAUAUGGCAACCAAUAUGUUGAUUCAAACAUGAUAUUGGUAACUCUGAAGGAAAUUGUAUUCAGAACUUGUAGUCAAAAGUUUUGAGAGUGUAAUUUCUUCGAGUUAAGCAUACAGUUUGUGACAGUUUUAAAUAAUGCCUUGGAGUCGAGUUAAGCAUACAGUUUGUGACAAUUUUAAAUAAUGCCUUAGAGUCGAGUUAAGCAUACAGUUUGUGACAGUUUUAAAUAAUGCCUUGGAAUCGAGUUAAGCAUACAGUUUGUGACAGUUUUAAAUAAUGCCUUGAAGUCAAGUUAAGCAUACAGUUUGUGACAGUUUUAAAUAAUGCCUUGAAGUCGAGUUAAGCAUACAGUUUGUGACAGUUUUAAAUAAUGCCUUGAAGUUUUUAGAAAUAAGAAAUUUGUGUAUGUUUUUCUCAUUUUUAGUUUUAUGAGGAAGCCUAUUACAUAACAUAAAAUGUGAAGAAUCGUGUUAUUUACGAUUCUAAAGAUUUUUUAAUAUGAAUUUCAUUGACUUAUCUGUUUAUAAUGAAGCAGAAUCACCCACUGCAUAUUUAUAAAUUGUACUACAAUGUUCAAUUCAAUUUCAGACUUUUCCUAUGACUUGUGUAUACAGAUGUGUUGGAGAAACUAUACUAUAUAAUUUUUAAUUUUAAUAUAGUUUAUCUUGUUUGGUAUUCUGGCAAUGUCACUAUUACUAAAUAGUUAAAAGCUGUGAUUUAAUUUUGUAAGAAAAAUAUGUUCAGUAAAUUAUUUACAAAAUAAGAAGUACUUUUAUUCUGUAUUGAAUGUAUUCUUUUUGUCUUCAGUAGUUUUAUCAUAUGGGAAUCAAAACAUGCAUAUACAAAGAAUAAGUUAUAUGUAUAUUAACUUGCAUAGAUUGUCUCAUUUAAUUUCUUGAAAAUCUACUAUAAUAUUACAUGUUGAUGUAAAUUUUUUAGUGAAAAUGGAGGGGGGAGGGAGUGGAUGCUGAGCAAUUUGCCUUACACUUAAAAAAAUAUAUAUAUAUAUUUUUCAUUAAUCAUGUGUGAAACACUGAAUGGGUCUGUACUAAUUCAGUACAAGUUUGUUUUCCAAACUCUUCUCAUCUGCUUGUCAAAGUACCAUAACAGCAUGCUGUUUUAUUGUGUGUGUCAUCAUUCUCUGUACAUCAAACACUUACACUAUAUUUUUAAUGAUUAUCAUAUUUCAAAGAAAUUCAAACUGGUAUAUGAUUAAUACUUUAGAUAUUAAAAAAUGAACAUUUAUUUGAAAUGAAUUUAAAUCUUUAGUGUGCAUUUUCAAAAAACACAUAAGGUGGAAAAGAACAUUAGAUAUAUUUUAAACUUAAUAAAAUCUGUUUAGUAGGAGAGUAUAGAUUAAAGUUGAUGUUUAUCUUGCGGUUAUACUUUCUUUUAAAUGCAAUAGAAGUAAUUUGAAAUACUUUUCUUUAUUUAUAAAAAAAAGGAAAAAAAUAUUUUUAUAACCUUCUUGGAAUUCCCUUGCUUCAAAACAAAUACUUGGGCAUUUUCCAGAGUUCAAAGUACUAGUGUCGACACACUUUCGCUGUCAAGGGAAAGACAAUAAAUCCUUUGUAUUUCAGUAAUUGAAUGUUAAUAUUUGUGUGAAUGGAUGAUUAAAAAUGAAUACACAUGAAUGAGGUAUUUAUUAAUUCUAAAUAAUUCGAUUUUUUAAUAACUUUACAUAAUUUUUUUAAAAAUUCCAUAGCCUCUCUACUUUUCAUAGCUAACUAUUCUAAAUAUUUCAAAUGAGAACUUAGUAGAAAGAUACCAUUUUUUCUGUGCCUCAAUUUUUUAAUAUAAGGAACACUUUGUUUCAAGUAACUUUUAAGGUUUUAAUUCAUGUAAUACAUGCUACUCAUUAUGGAAUGUUAAUGAUUGUAUUAAUAAGGUACAUAUAACAUUUAAGAAAUUCAGUUUUCUUAUCUGAAAUUGCUUU